AUGAAGAAAUAUAUUGUGGAUGUAGAAGCUCCAAGGAUUGAAGGAGAUAAAUUACUACCGUCCGAUUCCGACGAAAAUGUCAAUCAAGCUCAGUUAAUCCAAGAAACGAGUCCAUCUCGUCGACGAGUUCGUCGCAGCAAGAAAGCUCGAAGAAUCAACUCUGUUGAUUAUUCUGCAAGUAAUCGCAAUCGUAGCUGUUGUUCAUGUAGCCGUUACUUUCUAUUUAUCAUUAUGAUUGGCUUCUUGGUUGUUCUGGUUGGAAUGAUAUGGGUAUUUUUCGAUAUUAAAAAUGAAAUGGAUAGAAUCAGAGUCAAGUUACAUACUGUUGAAAAGGAAAAUCUUCAAAGGAAACAAGAACUUAGUCUAAAUAAACAAAAAUUUUCAAAGAUCGAUAAGGAUAUCCAACAAUUAUAUCAAGGAAAAAAUCAGUUACUAUCACAAAUCUCCUUUCUGAAAAGCGAGGUAAAAACAAUAAAUGCCACAUUAUGGAAGAAAUGGCAAGAGUCCGAAAAAAUACCUCAUCAUUUUUGGAAUAAUGUUACCAAGAAAUCAAACAUUAGCAAAAUCGUGAUAACUACUAUAGCUCAACUUCAAUACAGAGUAAAUAAAUUAGUAAAUAACACUAACUCUGCUAUAAAGUCACUGCAAGAAGACAACAUUGGUAACAAUGGCGAAAUCAAAUUAUUGAAUACAACAAUUGAAGAUGUCAAGGCAAAGUAUGAAAGCAUUAUCAAUCACUAUAAGCAACACAAAGUUGAGACGAAUGACACAGCCGAAACAUCCAAUCUCACUAGAAAUAGUAACGACACUCUAAUAACAACACUUCCGGCAAAUCCGACGACACUUCCUGUCAAUCCUACGACACCUCCCGUCAAUCCUACGACUACAUGGGAAACUACAACAGUUGAAAGGCGAGAUAGUAGCACUGAUGCCAAGAUUAAUUACAACAAUACGACAACGAUUCAACCAACACAGGAUUUAUUGAAUGACUUGCGUAUUGAAGAGACACUCACACAACUAACCAACUUAACAAUGAUCAAUAAGAAUGGAAUAGGAGAACUAAAAGCCAAUAUGGAGAAAUUGUAUACUUCACUUUUCAACUUAAAACGCAUAGUUUAUUCUACCUUAGAUGACUCUACAGAGGACUCAAAAAUUGCCGUCAUUGUACAGCAAUUGAGUGCAACACUAAAUUCUUCUUUAGAAAAUAUGGCAGAUAAUAUUAACAUGGUUGAAAAACGUGUCUUAAAAUUGGAAAAUGAUGUAAAUGCUAUUCGCCAAACCAAUUCAUCGUGUGAACAAGCCGGAAAUAAUAUAGAAGAACCAUUAAGCCAUAAUGGCACAUCAGCUAACAAUUCAUCUUCGACUAUCGGCAGUAAUAAUACCUUGACAGUAACUACUACGGAGUUAGCUUCAAAUUCAAAGGAUAAUUCUACAUCGAAUGCAAUAACUGUUACUCCCACAGCUGCUUCGUUAUCGAAUUCGGAUCAGACAGAAGGUUUCGAUGCAAUGGAAGAUAGUGAAAGUGACAGUGAAAACAGUUUUUGGGCUUCAAUCCAAGGGCGUGAAAAAAAGUGA